GUAUUCCUUGUCCAAUAAAACCAGCCAUCGUGCAUGUCCAUGUCGCUAUCUACCGGGAAAGGCUAGGCUAACAAAACGAUAGAGGAAGAUUGUGUUGAAAGUCAUAUUUUCUCUGUACCACACUGUUCACAGAAGUCCUCGAGUCAGAAAUGACAUACAGGAGAGAAAGAAGUUUACGGGAGGUGUAUGAUGAGCGUUUUUUAACAGAAAGAUCGGGUCCGUACCCCCGAGCAGGAGCUGUGGAGAGGAGGGCCCCCUUUGGCAGGCCAGAGGAUGAAUACAGUCGUGGCGGGUACGAAUACGAAGGGGGUCCCCGUUUCUUCCCGAAUGGUGGCGGCCCACGUACUUACCAUGAAGACCAGAGGGUUUACCAUGGGGACAACCUUCCUUGUGCCAUAUGUCGCACAUUACAGCAUCAAGAGGACUAUCCUUACAGAGUACCCAGGGAGGACCCACAUGCAGGGCGAUCUUUGGAGUUUGGGACCCGUGUACCACCUCCUCAUGGCGUGCGAAGCCAGGUUAUCUACCCAGCACCCAGGUCCCUCCCAGAAAGUGGGGAAGACACAUUAGUGCAGGCUAUCCUCAACCUGGACAGAGGAGAGGACAGAGACCACUACAGGAGAAAGGCAGCCCCUUUCCCUCCCCUCAGAGAGCGUUCUCCUGUUCGUCGUGAGGUGGCCCGCUCCCCCCACAGUCGCUCUGGUUCCAGCGUCAGCAGCAGAGGCUAUUCACCAGACAGAGUGAAGAGCCUGCCAUUUCCUUCACAGCAAGGCAAGAGUGCGGACGGUUCAGAGGCUCAUGCGGGUGUUGCUGAACACCUCUGGGGGGCGAUCUUUUCUCAACAGAGUGGACAUGACACUUCAGGGUACGAAGACAUCCAUUCUCAGAGCAAGACCGAUAAAAUUCCAGGCUUGUCAAGAGAAGGCUCUCCACAGAGUGCAACCUCAAACAAGGAGGAGACCCUUCCUCCAGAAGGAGAAAAAGAGGAGCCACCAGUAGCUCCCAUCGUGGAGGAGAGCCCGAAGCCUACAGAAAACUUUCAAGAGCGACGAGCCCUGGCCAUUGCAGCCAAAGCCCAGGAGAUAGAGAAGGUGUACCGUCAGGACUGCGAGACGUUUGGCAUGGUGGUGAAGAUGCUUGUGGCUAAAGACCCCAACCUCGAGAAGCAGCUGCAGGUUCCUCUCAGGGAGAACCUUGGGGAGAUCCGUGAGCGUUGCCUGGAGGAUCUCAAGCAUUUUAUCAGCGAGCUGGAUGAGGUGGUUUGCCAACCUGAACCGUCCAUCAUUGACUCAACCACUCCCUCUAUGUCCAUGGCAGGUCAUAAACUUUCAAAGACAGGAGUAAAUCACAGCUCCUCUUUCUGACACAUUAGUCUGAUCUGCUCCAUUAAUGUGAGAUUGAGCAUGGUAAGAUUGGCUGCUAAACAUGAUGGAUAUCUUGUUCACAUUGUGGAUUGCUGGAAUGAAGCUAUUCUACAGCACUGCAACCUAAAGACCAACUGAGCAUGGAGAGAGGAUGCAGUGGUGCACAGUGUGUUGAGGUGAACAGUGUUAGUUCUCAACAGAUCAUUUUAACUGAAAGUUGUUAAAUAUAAAAAUAUUCUUAAUAUUCUUAAAAGGUGUUUUUCUGUCAAAUAUUGGCCCCCCAAAAAAAUUCAGUUUAAAAGCUACCAGCCUCAUCACAUUGAAAAUGGUUGUUGUAGGUUCUUGUUUAACCUUUUUUAUUAUAAAAAUGUUGAUUUAAAUGGUCCUUAUCGCAUUUAUCCAAAAGAAUAGCCAGAUAAAACAAUGGUUUUGUUUAGUAUUUUCAGCUAUGUUGAUUUUGUAGCAGUCAGAUAUAUGACUUGGUGCUGCUAAAUUUAUAACAGUUCACAUUAUUCUGUAAAUUUGUACUGCAGUUUGGUUCCCCUUUGAGGUCUCUGAAGGUUAUAGUAAACAUGAUUUCUGUUUUCAAA